GUGGCGUGCUGUGUUUGAUAUUUAACAUUUCUUGUAUUGCACUGCAUGUUACAUCUCCCAUGCCAAAUCUAAACAGUGAACAGCAACUACGUGGAGAAAAUACCACACAAAGCAAAGUAAGUGAGUUAAAGAAACUAGCAAUCGAGAAUGAUAACUAGUAUUGCCAUCCUUAAAAACUAUGAGAAUGCUGCAUUAAAGAGCACCGAGGGUAUCCCAGCAGCACUGGGAGAGUUAACUCCACAAUGACAUCACUGCACUGCCCUCUUCCUUUAUCCUGCCCCGCCCUCCCAUGCUCUCCAUCUCCAUCCCCCAGGGCCCCCUUCCCCCGCCUUCUAACCCCCCCCACUUCCCCUCCCCUUUCACUCCAUUCUAGAGCGAAAGGAGUGUCUCACUAUGGGUCACUCUGGCUGGGGCACUCAACCUCUUGGCAUGAUCUGACCCUCUCACCACCAUCCUGCUGAAAGACAGACAGAUUCGCACACUGAGAGGAGGUUGACUGGUGCUCUCUCUCUCUCUCUCUCUCUCUCUUUCUCACUCAGCUUUCUACAUCUCUUCUGUCGGACGGCACCACCUUUGAACCAAACACCAUGGAGAUCCCCGCCAUCCGCCUGUCCCAAAGCUACACCUGUCUGGGCCAGGAGAAGCACCAGAUGCUGGACCUGAACCGACGGCUCGAGUCCUACCUGGGCCGGGUCAAGAACCUGGAGGAGGAGAACCAGAUCCUGCGCGAGGAGAUACAGACGCUGAGCAGGAGCAGGGAGGCGCAGACGCAGGGGAGGAGAGCCCUGGACGGGGCGCUGCACGAGGCCAGGAAGGAGCUGGAGUGGGCCUGGAGGGAGAAGGACAAGGUGGAGGUGGAGAUGGGGAACCUGUGCGAGGAGUUCCAGAGGGUGGAGCAGCAGAGGCAGAGGAUGGCGGCCGCCCGCGCGGACGCCCAGGGCAGGCUGGCCGAGAGCAGGAAGGAGCUGGAGGAGGAGCGGCGGGCGCAGAUCUGGCUGAGGGACUCGGCGGGCCAGCUGGAGAACGAGCUGCUCUUCCAGUCGCAGGUCCACCGGGACGACGUCUCGGCCCUGAAGGAGUCGCUGAGCCAGGCCAGGCCCGCGCAGAUGGCACCACAGGGCCACACGCACAUCCACAUCCAGAGCGUCGUUCACGACCUGGGCCUGGAGUGCUCGCAGAAGGCGGCCCAGGCGUGGAGCGAGGCGACGGAGACAUACCAGAGGCAGGUGGAGCGUAUGGAGGAGUCCCUGGGCCAGGCUAAGGCCCGCAUGGGCCAGGUCUCACAGGAGAAGAAGGAGAACCAGAUGAAGCUCCAGAGCCUGGCCAAGGACCUGGACUCGGCCCGCGCCAAGAAGGAGGCGCUGGAGAGGAGAGGGAGCCAUCAGAAGGACAGACAGACCCAGGAGAUCGGUCAACUCCAGACCAUUGUGGAGGAUCUGGAGGAGGAGAAGGCAAGGCUCGGGGUGCAGAUUGAUGACCUCAUCAUUGAGAGCCAGACCCUGCUGCAGCUGAAGAUGUCUUUGGGGCUGGAGGUUGCCACUUACAGAACUUUAUUGGAUGGUGAGAGCCUCCGAGUCAACGACCUGUCCAGAAAUAAACACACCAUCCAGACAUCCGUCUCCUCCGCAGAUGGAUUCCCAAGCCUUCAAGAGCGGAAGCAAACCCUUCAAAGAACACACUUCUCUAGUCAAACAAGCAGACCCUCCACCACAGCCAUGAGAUCAAGUUUCCAGCCUAAACCACUGCUGACAUCCACAACACCCCUCUCUGUCCCAAACUACAUUUCUCCUGCAUCUCCUGAGCAUUCUCAGGCUGCACAAGGGGAGCAGGUGUCUGGGCCGGAACACUGGACCAUGCCCUCCACAGACGACUCACUGAACGGAAAGGAUUCUGUGGAUCACUUCAGGCCUGAGGAAGUUUACGAGGAGGUGACACAUGCAUCAGCUUUCUCUACUGCCUCAGCCACAUCAAACGCCCUACUCACAGAAGAGUCCUUCAAGGGGGAGGACAAGACUGGGGCAGAAGAUCAGCAGGUAGCCUCUGACAUGCUUGUUACAGAAGACAGCGUUAUGUGUGAUGAGAUGGUUCACUAUACAUCGGCUGUCUAUGGCAGUGGUGUGCUGCAGGACUUCAGUGUACAGAGAGCGGACGCGCACAGCACAUCAGAAGCAACCGAUCUGAAUGCUGUUGAAGUAGGUGACCCGGAAGGUGACAAGACAGAUGAUUUCUCUGAGUGGAUCCAGUCGCCUCCUGUGCUUGAACACAAACUCGUCAGGGCGGAGGCAGAUCGAGUGACAGGUGUGGAGAAGACCGAGAGGACGGAGGAAUGGCUGGAUGUUUCUGGAUCGGACAGAGUCAGUGAGCUUGAUGUGAAGAAAGACAUAAACGACCUGCCCAUUGAAGCUACGGAUCAUGUUGAGACGAUAAGCAAUGGUUUGGCAGAUCUAGAGGAAAAGAAUGGCUUCUUUGACUCAGAGGGAGAGACGGACAUGAGUCAGGCUCAGUCAGCAGAGAACAUGGUUGAUGAAAGUGACAGAAUAAAUGCAUUGAAAUGUAGGGAACAGGAAACAGAGAAUGUAUGUGAAGGUGGUUAUGAUAAUGACUUUUCACAGAAAGAUGGUGUGAUACCGGAGGAAAAGGUUGAAGAGGAACUGAGGGGGUUUAAGGGUGAGAAAGAUAUAAUGUUUACUGGUGAAAUGAUGGAGGAAAUGAUGGAAGAAAAAUGUGCAGGCACAGAACAAUACCUAUCAAGAGAAAGAGACUUGGAGGAGGACGUACUCUCUAUCCCAUAUCACAAUUCCAGCAUGAAUUUUGAAGUAGAUGCAUUGCCUACAUAUCAUGAACAGGAACAAACGCACUAUAGCGAAGAACACCCAGAUCUACAUGAAGAUGGCUACAAUGAGAGGGAGGAGAUGGAGGAGAAGAAGGACUACAGUGAUUCAGAGGAGAAGGAGCGAGAGGAGCUGGACGACUCUCCAAACGUGUCCAUGUCAUGGAGAACCGACCCCGGGGACCUGGACAGUUACGGACUGGACAACACGCUCGCGGACACCCGACCCCUCAUCCGGUACGAAAGUGACGACACCGACGUGAACACCCAGGCCUCCCACAUGAGCGUGAGCGAUUCCAGCGACAGCGAAGACGACCGGGAGGCAGGGACAGGACACCGGGGCGUCACCAAGUCCAAAAGGUUUGACACCAUGGAGGACCUGUCUGAGGAGCCAGAGGUGGAGGCCAUGGGUAAGAUGGCACUCAGUGAACCCCUUCACAAUGUGGUGAGAGAUGCUCCUUCAGAAACCCACUACACUGCUCUCCAAGAAGACCACGGUGAUGAGGAAAGCGAGAGCCUGACUGUUGACACAACGAGUAAGCUGGAUGAGGAGAGAACUGAAAUGGCAGAAGAUCAGUCAAGGACUGAUUAUAAAGAGGCAGAUAAAGAACUACAAGACUUUGAGGACACGUGGGAGGAUAAGGAGAGGCUGGAGUACGCAGACGUGAUGCCUGAGGAGCAGCCUGAGAGCACCCAAGCAAACAUUCUAUACGAGGACGACUUCCCAGAAGAGACCGUGGAGAGUGCGGUAGGGGUAGGGGUGCCCCCUCAAACUGAACCGUUUUUAAAUGGAGAAAUUGCCACGGCGACUGACAGUCAGGAAGAGACAACUGAAGACCUGCCAAAACCUGAAGACCAGACAACACAGUCUUCCGCCUUUGUUGAGCCACUUGCACUAACUCAAGACAUCUUCGGUACAUCACACGAGGCAGAAGAAUUUGAAGCCAACCCCUCAGAGGACAGUUUUACAGAGAGAGGAACAACUCAGGCCAGCGUGGACAGCACGGCCCUCUCCAUGCUGACUCACGCAGAUCUCACAGACAAUCUCUCCCUAAGCAGCGAGCCCACCAGCAGAUCGCAGAGCCAGCCCCAACCUGCCAACUCCGACGAUGAUGGUGAGGAUGAUGAAUCCCACUCCUCAGAGGAAGAGUCACCCAAUGCCAGCCCGUGCUCAUCUCCUAAUGCCUUUGCUAAGCCACCCAAUGCCAGCCCGUGCUCAUCUCCUAAUGCCUUUGCCAAGCCACCCGAUGCCAGCCUGUGCUCAUCUCCUAAUGCCUUUGCCAAGCCACCCGAUGCCAGCCCGUGCUCAUCUCCUAAUGCCUUUGCCAAGCCACCCAUGGCACAUCCGGCUCUUGAAGAAGCCUCUGAAAAGCUCUCUUACGCCACAUUUGAAGCAUUUGGUGAUGUUCCACACGGAGCCUUUCAGGGACCCUCGGAGUGUGUCACAGAGCAAGGAUAUUCCCAGGGGGAUGACUGGGAGGGUUUCAACACUUCCUCCAAAGGCCAAGGUGCAGGUGACCCACAAGAAGCCGCUGAAACCCUCAAUCCUUUGGAAGAAAAUGACUGGCUACCGACAGAGACCUGUGCCAAGCAAACAUCUGAGUGUGUAGACAUCUUUCAAGGUGACAAAAUGGACGAGGCGCCUAAAAGUAAUGGGAAAGACAACAGCCUCCACAGUCUCUUCAGUGGUAACAUGGAGGAAGACUUCUGGGGCUCUACUCGACAGAUGGCAGCCACCUCCGACGCGAAUGAGAUUAACCAGAAACAAUGUCAGAGUGUCACCUUUCAAACCAGUCACAGCCUGAGGUUCGAGCAAGCCUGGGGGUCUGCCGAGGACCAUCAAGGAGCCAAUGAAAGUGAUGAGAAAUCCACCCACUUGUCGAACAUGCCUUUAUUCGGGAUGGAGAAAGAAGGGCAUUCCCAGAUAACCACCCUGCUGGGAAGAGAGGGAGAGCAGGUUGCAGCAACACAGUUGGACGACUCCAAUGACGAGGGUGACUCAUGGUCUUCCGGGGAGGAGUGGAAUGAUGAGACAGUGAUGGCUUAACUGAGAUUAAUGAUGUUCAUUAAGAUAAUUCAAAGAUAGAACAGAAAAAAAUCAUCAAGACUAUUUUCAGUUUUAAGUUCUGAUAUAAAUUAAAAAGUAUGAAUUAAAAAAGUUAACCAUACCUGAAAGAAGACGAGAGACAUCAGACACUGAUCUACAACCCAUGUUUGUGUCUCAGACUUUUCAUGCACCACAAACCUUUUUACAUGUACAGUACAUUAAUCACCCACAUGAUUUUUGCAAUUGGAAUCUGUUGAUACCACAGUGUGGUUUUAAUUGUCCAAGACAAGUACAAAAGGCCCAUCAAAACUACAGUCCUUUGUAAGUCUUCCCCACAAAGACUCCCUCCACAGAGUAGGUCAGUGAGGUCACUAUAAAGCCCAUUAGUCAUUGACAAGAGCUUAGUGCACAUGGAAUAUGCCAUUACAUGAAUUGGGUAUAAAUACAGGGUGUACAAACAUGACAAAGCCAUCAUCCCUUUCUGUAGGAAAUGGAAUUGGAACGUGAAUAACAUUUACUGAUAAUUAUGUAAAUGCAAUGCACAAAGAGGUACUUUUUGCAACCCAAGAAAGUGUGACGAAACACAAGGCGGACAGAGUGAGUGCAUGCGUGUACUGUAAUGACCUGUGACGUGUGUGGCUCUACAAUAAUAAAGCCAAAGAGGGUUG